UGUUACCGUGCUUCAACCAAACUACGGUGGAGGCCGAGGGUCAAAAAUGGACGAGUGCAAGUUAAUCGAGCAUAAAAACUUGCCGCCGUGAAAGGGAACUUACGCGUUAACUUUGACAGUCCUAAUUAAUAUAUAAUAUGGAACCAAAAAAAACCCAGCAUUGACAAGUAUUCACAAUUGAUAUCAAUAUCUGGAUGGCUCCGCCCACCCUUCCAAAUAUGGAGACAGAGACAGCAUGUGGUUGCCUUCAUGAGCAUCCUCUCUUCCUCCGUUCACCGUGGCUUCUCUUCUCUGCCUCGAUGCCGCCUGACUUGCCUGUCCGUCAUAAACACAACACUCACCCCUGAGUUUGUUGAUGGUUGGGAAGGGGAUUCCCUCCAUUUCCCCCCCUUCCUCGGAAAAACAAUUUUGCAAGUGGCUGAAGCUCAAAGAUGUUGCUGUGCAGGAUGUCUGUCUCUGGAGACUUUUGCUGGAAGCGGGUGGUCACGUUACUUUGCCUUCUGUUGCUGCCACGUACGGCAAAGGCCAUUCACCCAGACUGUGCUCUGGUGGUUCAGCACAUGAAGGCGCAAGAGGAAUGCAGCCGGAUCCUCCAACAGGAAGAGAAGAACCUUUCCAUGGGGGCAGUGUGUCCAACUUCGUGGGACAACAUUCGCUGCUGGUUGCGUGCCGAGGUGGGACAGGUGGUCCGUGUAUCCUGUGCCAACAUCUCCCAGCUGUUUCAGAAGCGAGGUUCCGUCUACAGGAACUGCACAGAGAUUGGAUGGUCUGAGCUCUACCCGACCUACACGGAGGCCUGCGAGUUUGCCGAAGACGGACAAUCCGAGCCAGAGACAACGUACUUCUCCAACUUCAAGCAAGUGUAUACGGCUGGCUAUGCUACGUCCUUCAUCUCUCUUAUAUCGGCUAUCUUUGUCUUGUCGGUGUUCAGGAAGUUUCACUGCACUCGGAAUUACAUUCACAUGAACCUCUUCUUCUCCUUCAUCCUGAGAGCCAGCGCCGUUUUCAUUAAAGACUCGGUUCUUUUCUCCGAUGAAAACCUGGACCACUGUUUCAUGUCAACUACAUCAUGUAAAUCAGCAGUGGCCUUCUUCCAGUUCAGCAUCCUGGCCAACUACUUCUGGCUCUUGGUGGAGGGCAUGUAUCUUCAGACCCUGCUGGCUCUCACGUUUGUGUUCCAGAAGAAGUACUUCUGGUGGUACAUCCUCAUCGGCUGGGGUCUCCCGACGACAAUCAUCGCUGUGUGGAUCUUGGUCAGGAACUUCUAUGACAACAGAGGCUGCUGGGACGACACAGAUGUGUCCUUCAUCUGGUGGAUCAUAAAAGCUCCCAUAACGGCAUCAUUACUGGUAAACUUCAUCAUCUUCAUCAACGUCAUCCGCAUCCUGGUGCAGAAGCUGCGGUGUCCUGGCGUCGGCGGCAACGACACCAGUCACUUCAAGAGACUGGCCAAGUCCACCCUGCUGCUCAUUCCUCUGUUUGGGAUGCAUUACAUGGUGUUUGCCUUCCUGCCGGAAAACACCGGAGCCGAGGCCCGCAUCUUCAUCGAGUUGGGUUUGGGCUCUUUCCAGGGCUUUGUGGUGUCCCUGCUGUACUGCUUCCUAAACGGCGAGGUGCAAGCAGAACUGAAGAAGAGGUUCUGGAAGUGGCAGACGGAGAAGUAUCUGCACUGCAGGAAACAACGUCGAGGUUUGUUCACCGAGAGCAGCACCGUGACUCAGAUCUCCGUCCUGGACAAAUCCAGUCCCAAAGACCAGCCCGGCCACCCGGACAACAUCUCCUCCGUCUGACCAGCAUCCACGGUACGUGACGGUCCUUGUUUGCGGACGCUGCCGUAUCUCUCGCUUGCCUACUUUGUGAUGCGUUUGCGAAAUCCCAUCCCGCUUGGAAAACGGAAAACUGCUGUGUUCCAUGCCAGGGUAGAAUUAUUAGGAGGCAACAAAUGCUGUUUUUAAUAUCUAAUAUUGAAGGUGAUAAACACAAUAAUGUUUAUUUAUCAGUAUUUAGCAUGAAAAAUGUAAUUAUUGUCGUAUUAAGUGUGCUUUUUGUUCAUAUUUUGGGGGUCUGGAAGUGAUUAAUUAGAUUUAGUUAUUUCUUAUGAAAUUCAUUCAAUAUUUUCUGUUGUAGUGGCUUUUAUUGUAACUUUUAUGAUGUUUUUCU